AUGUCUUCCCCGCAGGAGCUCGUGCCGCAGACGGAAUCCAUCGCGGAGGUCUAUGCGACCGACGAUGCCUCCGUGAUCUCGGUCGCACCGGAACACCAGCAGCGAUGGACGGGGCUGGUCUCGCAGUUCCAGAAGCUGUACAACCACCGCCCGGACUUUGUCGCGCGCAGUCCCGGCCGCGUCAACAUCAUCGGCGAACACAUCGACUACUCACUGUACGAUGUCCUCCCGACCGCCGUCAGCGUUGACGUGAUCAUGGCCGUCAAGGUGGUCCCCGCCAGCGCCGGGACCACCGUCAAGAUUGCGAAUGUCACGCCGGAGAAAUUCCCCACACGCGAGUUCAGCGUUCCGCACGAUGCCGACAUCGAGAUUGAUCCCAAGAAGCACGAGUGGAUUAACUACUUCAAGGCGGGUCUUCUGGGUGCCUUGAAAUUCCUGCGCAAGACGAAGUCGGAUGGCUCGCUCAUUCCGGCUAGCAUGGAGAUUUUGGUCGAUGGCAACGUGCCCCCAGGCGGAGGUAUCUCGAGCAGUGCGGCCUUCGUGUGCGCCAGUGCCCUGGCCGUCAUGAAGGCCAACAACCACAAUGUGUCGAAGCAGGACCUCCUGGAUCUGGCUGUGGUUUCGGAGCGGGCCGUUGGGGUGUACUCAGGCGGAAUGGACCAAGCAGCAUCCAUCUUCUCUAAGCGGGGCUACCUACUCUACACACAGUUCUUCCCCAAGUUCAAAGUCGAGCACGUCUCAAUUCCAACAGCCGCUGACGAAAUCACCUUCCUGAUGGCGCAGAGCUUCGUCACCUCGAACAAGGCCGACACCGCGCCGCGCCACUAUAACCUCCGAGUGGCAGAGUGCACACUGGCCGCAGUGAUCCUGGCCAAGCACUACGGACUAACGCUCCCCAAGGACAACAGCUCGCUGGGAUACAGCCUCCGCAACUUCCAACUCGAGCUGAUGACCAAGGAAGAGCGGCUCCAGGACCCGCUGGAGUACCAGAUCGACUCGGUGAUCCAGGCGACAAUGGAUCUAUUAACACAGGAGCAGGGCUACACGCGCGAGGAGAUGGCACAGCUGCUGGGGAUUAGUGUUCCAGAGCUGGAGUCGACCUUCCUGUCCGCGUUCCCCGUCCAGGCGGAGCGCUUCCUCCUGCGCCAGCGCGCCCUGCACUGCUUCAAGGAGGCCCGCCGCGUACUGGAUUUCAAGGCAUGCCUGAACAAGGCGGCUCAGCUCGACGAGAAGCGCAUCCACUACCUGGGCCAGCUGCUGAACGAGUCUCAGGAGUCGUGCCGCACUGCUUACGACUGCAGUGCCCCCGAGGUCGAUGAUAUUUGCUCUAUUGCCCGCCGUGCUGGUACCUGGGGGAGCCGGCUGACAGGAGCCGGAUGGGGUGGCUGCACCGUUCAUAUGCUGCCACAGGGCAAGGUCGAGGCGGUUACCACUGCCCUCCGGAACGAGUACUAUCUCAAGAAGUUCCCUGAUAUCAGUGCAGAAAAGCUGGAGCAGGCUAUGGUUAUCAGCAAGCCGUCCAAUGGCUCGUUUGUGAUCACGGGCGCUGCAAUUGACCAAAUUUCUCUCUAA